AUGAACGAGUACACUCCACUUUUCCAAGAUAAACUUGAAGUCAAAUAUGUUCCAGAUUCAAAAAAUGAGUCUCUUCAUACACUAACUGUUGUUUGGUCUCCUUCGGACAUUCCCCUCUCUAAAAUAUGUAUAUCAUUAUACGUCCAUCGACGUAAAGACGAUUACAAUUAUUAUCAAAGCUUUGUUGUUUCCCCAACACAAACAACUUAUGAAUUCAAAUAUUUGAUUAGUGGACUUUACGACAUCAGAGUGUGUGAAUACAAAU